CGUUAGGUUGCACUUGAGGAUGGUAGGUGGCAGCUCUGUCAGUGAUCAGACUCCCGGUUAUUUCCUCCUUGCCUUUGCGAGUCGGAAAGGGUCAUGCGGGGGAAGUAGUGCGUCCUCCACACCCUUCCUUGUUGGGCUAAUUGGCAGUACCCUCCAGCAUCCCAACUCCAGGGAUAGUCUCCCGGCCAAGGCUGUCCACAGGAGGCUUUUAAUUAGCUCUUUCCAAAAGGCACUGAUUCCCCCCCUGGCUACAUCUGCUAGUCCACCCACUCCCUGAGGAGGUGGAGAAGGCUUUUGAGAACGGAGAUGGAAUCUCCUCCUCCGGAGACACCAGAGUCGUCGGAGACGACGACGACCCUCGAUCUUUCCCUCGCCCUGGCCGCCUCCUCGCCUUCCUCCGACCACGAGACGAAGGAUGUGAAGCUCUUCCAUUGCCUCUUCUGCAACAAGAAGUUCCUCAAGUCCCAAGCUCUCGGAGGCCAUCAAAAUGCCCACAAGAAAGAGAGGAGCGUGGGGUGGAGCUCCUACCUUUACCUUGCGCCUACCGCCGACGCCGCCACCACCAUCCCUCCUCCUCAGCACCUGAGCGCGCCGCCGCUCCCCAUCGCCUCCCACGCGUCCAGGUAUCUUCCUUCCGGCAACUGCUCCGAGAGCUUCGGCUCCCGCAGCGCCCCCCGGUUCGCCGCCGACCACCCGUUGCUGGCGACCGUGAGCAGCGGCAGAGCAAUGUGCGCCGCCGGAGACCCCUCAGCCAGCGGCGACGGGACCAUAGAUUUACUUAACUGGCGAAGGGGCUCCCGCCCUCAGCAGGAGCCACCCGCGGACUUCUCCGCCGCCGCCCCCGCCGACGGCGAAGACCAGACCGACCUCGACCUGUCCUUAAGGCUAUAGUGCUCUUAUUGUUGCUUGGUUUUUUCUUAUCAGUUCACCGCUUGUGUUCACUGCCAGUGUACGGUCUUCUUCUCUUGGCUUGUUGAGCUGGACCGGAAGGUCGCAACAGGCGGCCGGGUAGAGGGGGAAGGGGAGGAAGAAGAGGACACGUGCAUGUGAUGUGGGUGGCGUUGUGUGGUAUGGUGGUGGGGCCUGGACAUAAUGUAAAGGGUGUGCAUUUAGUGGAUGCUGUUACAUCACCGCU